GCAAAGUGCAAAGAGAGUGCAAGAGCGUCAUGCAUGACCUUCCGGAGCGUCGUGCUCCAGCCCGAGAUCGCAUCGAUGGUGUUUGAGUUUCAGUUUGGGUUGUAUGAAGACGUGCGCGCCGCCUUUGUCGCGUGCAACGAGCUCGUUGAGUUUGACGCGACGAAAUCCUUGUACGCGUGCGACAAGGCAUUCGCCAACGCGUUUGCGCCCAACACUGCGUGGCCCGGAUUCCCGCCCAGUCGUCCGUCGCUGUAUGCUCUGCUCAACACUGAGCGCGACGACCGCCUUCCGCUGCAUCUGGCCAUCGUCGGAGGCUUUGUGCAGCUGGCCAAACGCAUGUUUCAGUGCCGCCCCGACCUCGCCUCGGAGGACGCGAUCGUCCUCAGCUUCGUCAGCGACCGCCUCGACCUUGUCGAAUUCUUACUGGAGCGGCGGGCCCAGGUACCAGAGCUGCGCCGGCGUAGAAUCAACCCCCCAGGUACGCCGAUGCAACGACGCAUGGCGUCCGUGUAUCAGUGCUGGCUGUCCCCACUGCUCGCCAGAGAGGACACGAGAGGGGUGGAGCUGCUUCGCGUCUUUGAUCCAAGCCUCGACGAGUGGAGUCCCCACGAGCGCUGGCAUGCACUGCGCAGCGCUUCGCUCGAGAACGCAGUUUUAGCCCUCGAGUGCUUCCCUUGGCUGCUCUACCCGCGCAUCAUGGACGAUGCCGCGCACAGAGGCUUCUUGCCGCUCGUGCAAACGCUGCACGAACGCGGUGUCGCAUGCUCGACGAAUGCGAUGGAUUAUGCGGCGGCCAACGGCCACUUAGAGAUCAUCGCCUUCCUGCAUGCGCACCGACGUGAGGGAUGCACGGUGGAAGCGAUGAACGCCGCCGCCGCCAACGGCCAUUUAGAGAUUAUUGCCUUCCUGCAUGCGCACCGACGUGAGGGGUGCACGGUGGAAGCGAUGAACGAUGCGGCGGCCAACGGCCACGUCAACGUCGUUGAGUUUCUUCAGCGCCAUCGGACGGAAGGCUGCACCACAAGUGCGCUCACGCACUCGAUUACCCAAGGCCACCUCAACACCCACAUGCUUGACAUUGCCGCCAACAACGGGCACCUUGCUGUCGUCCAGUACCUCCAUACACUCGGUUCGUUUACCUGUACCGUCGACGCCGUCGAUCGCGCUGCGUCCGCCGGCCACCACGACGUCGUCGCAUUCCUCUUGACGCAUCGAAGCGAAGGCUGCACCGUCGAUGCCGUCGUGCAAAAAGCGCUCCAAGGAGGACAUUUACGCACGGUACAGUACCUCGUCUCGCGUGGGUACCCGAUGCCGACGCAACUGGUUCGGUUGCGUGAAGGAGCAUGGCGCAAGCCCGAAAUCACUGGAAUUCUCGAACUUCUUGCAGCCCACGGCACCCCGUGGAGCGCCGACUGGCUCGAACUAGCGUGCAUGGACGACAACGUGCUCCUAUUUCAGUUUUGCCACAAGCACGCGAUCGCUGCCUGUGGCCCCGAAGCGCUCGACGAGGCGGUUGAGUACGGAGCGUGGGGCAUCGCCGCCUAUCUUAUGGUCCAUGGCGCAGCUGCUAUCUCAGCGAAAGCGCUCGCAUCAACGAUGCGCAGCGGACGCCUCGAUCUCGCGGUGCACAUGCUGCAGCGUCAGCCAGAGCUCCGCCAUGACACGCUUCUUCAAGUGGCGGUGAGUGACCACAACGCAGAGGUAAUGCGGUACCUCCUCGCUGCCGGCAUUGGCCAACCGCGCGACUGCCUCCGUCAGAUUGCAGGACGUCGACAGCACGUGAGCGAGAGCAGACUUUUACUGUCCUACUGCAUGCACGCGACGAGCCAUCUUGACAACAUCAGCUUUCUUCUCGACCUCAUUGCACUGCCUGACCGCCACCACAAGACGACGCUCCAGCUGCUCACGCCCGAGCUGACGCACCAAGCACGUAAGGCCAGCAGCUCUCUUGAAGUAGCCCCACGCGUGGCACCGCGAGCGACAACGCUGCUGCAGGCGGGGGAAGUCGUCGAUGCGGCGUUAGCUCUCAUCCUUGGUCCUCUCGGGUCGACGGACGCGACAAUCACGCCCGAGCGACUGGAGACACGGACAAGAAUGGUCCAUGGUAUGGAGCUCCAGACGGAGCUCCCAAGUCUACUCUCGAGGAAACGUAAAUGA